UGUAAAAACAGCUGUUCGUGUAUUGUUUAAACACAAGAUUUAGUUGCUAAAGUAAGGAUCAUUUGUGUACUUUUUAUUUCUAUACAUUUUACACACCUUUGACCUCGACAUCCAACAGAUUUGUAGCAGUGAUGCAAAGCCUCCACCCCCCUCUAAAACACAUGUACAUACACUGCAUACACCACAGUCACAGUCACACACAGCAGUGUGUAGAGGUGGAUGUAGAGGCCGGUGUAUAGGCAGCUGUUCAGUACUGCCCUGCUCAGUUUCAAAUAUGGGCAAGGUAAAAAUGGCAACCUUAGACGUGACAGCAAUAGCUGCUAAAAACAGAACUGACACCAGCGAGAUAGGAGCCCACACCCGCUAGGACAAGAGCAGCAGGGCUCACUCCUCAGGCCUACUGUCGAUCGCUUUCAGAAACUAGACUACUUUAUUAACUUCACCAGCUUUUGGGCGUCUUAGCCAGUUCAGUUUUGAUAGUGUUGUAUGUCUUGUUAACGUCCAAACAUGAACAGCAUGGAUAACCUGGAGAAACAGCUGAUUUGUCCCAUAUGUCUGGAGAUGUUUACAAAGCCUGUGGUUAUUCUACCCUGCCAGCACAACCUCUGCAGAAAAUGUGCCAAUGAUAUUUUUCAGGCGUCAAAUCCGUACCUCCCAACAAGAGGUGGCUCGUUGACGUCUGGUGGCCGCUUCCGAUGCCCGUCCUGCAGACAUGAGGUGGUUCUGGACAGGCAUGGUGUUUACGGGCUCCAGAGGAACCUGCUGGUGGAGAAUAUCAUCGAUAUGUUCAAACAGGAGUCCAGCAGCAGCAAGCCAGCGCCGGAGAGAAAGCAGGAGACGCCCAUGUGUGACGUUCACGAGGAUGAAAAGAUCAACAUUUACUGCGUCACCCACAGUGUGCCCACGUGCUCCAUGUGUAAGGUAUUUGGUGCUCACGUAAACUGCGAGGUGGCGCCCAUCACCAGCAUCUACCAGACAAAGAAGACAGAGCUGAGUGACGGGAUUGCCAUGAUGGUUGGUAACAACGACAGGAUGCAAGGCAUCGUUAGUCAGCUAGAAGAAGCCUGUCGUGCCAUAGAGGAGAACGGUCGGAGGCAGAAGACUCUGGUGUGCGAGAAGUUCGACCAGCUUUACACCAUCCUGGAGGAGAAGAAGAGGCAGAUGAGUCAGAAGGUGACGGUCGAACAGGAAGAGAAGGUGAACUAUAUCCGGAGUUUGACAAGGAAGUACGGAGACCACCUGGAGGAGAGCUGUAAGAUUGUGGAGAAGGGGAUCCAGACUAUGGAGGAGCCGGAAAUGGCUUUAUUUCUACAGAACACAAAGCCUCUCCUCAAAAUGAUUGCAGAUGCAUCCAGUACAGCACACUUGGACAAAGUUGAACGUGGCUAUGAGAAUAUGGAUCAUUACAAAGUUGAGUUCAAGAAAGAGGGCAAGGCCCUGCGCAGCAUUGACUUCAUCCAAGAUGACGAAGACGAGGACGAAGAGGAUGAGGAUGGAGAAGCAGGCGCUGAGGAAGGAGAGGGGGCUCAGACUGUUUUAGGAGGUAGUGCUGUUUCAGCCGCCUCUGUCCAACCCUCCGCCCCACAACAGGUGAACUCCCCCCCAAGCACAGCCAUGAGUUCUGCCUCGACCUAGCCGUCUGCCACCCACCCACCGGCCUAAACAACCCCUAAACCAGGAGCAGAGUUUGCUCCUAGAUGUUAAUUUCAGGUCAGUUGUGAUACUUUUUCUCCCAGAUUGGGGAACAACGUGACGGAUUUAGGUCUGUGCUGAAGGGAAAGUCUGAGUUGCUGAGGUAGAUCUAAAGGAAGAGACUAAAGUUGCGAUUCCCUUCUCUCUCUCUCUCUUUAAUUGUGUUAGUGUGCAUCACUGCAUACUCACUGAUCUUAUGUGCUUUUUUGAAUAAUUAAAUACACAUUUUAGUUCCUCCUUUAGCUGUUUUUUGACAGGCUUUGAGUGUCUACUGGUUAUUUCCAGAAUUUAGACGUAUUCAUACAUUUUUUAUGUAGCUGACCUUUAGCGACUCAAUGCUUAAACUACAUGAUUAGAGAGGACGACAAGGGGGCCGCAGGUAUCCCUCCCUGUCGUAUACUUUUUUUUUAAUGACCGAUAUGACUUUAUGAGUAGGGUAGCAGAGUACAAAACUAUCACUGUAAUAUUUCAGCGUUUCAUACAUGCAACAGCCUGUAUUAUGUGUUGUGUUCUUUGGUGUGUAACACAGGUAUAUUUUCCUAUCAUGGACAAAAAACAUCAUGUUUUUGCCCUGUUAUUGUGUAUGAUAUGUUAGUGUCAUUAAAACAGAAUUGUACAAACACC